AUGUUUAGAUCCCUCAAGAUUGUUACCAAGGGCCGUUUCUUGGCAGCUGCCACGGCUGCCACCGGCGGUGUCCUUCUUACGCAAAACGUGUUGUCCAAUGACCAAAAGCACACUUUGGCACCACUUCCGGCGUUGGUCAAAUCCCUUCCAGCCCCUCCUACCCGUGAGGCUAUGUUGAAGACGUUAGAAACCACUGAUAAAUUUGACGUGCUUGUCAUUGGUGGUGGUGCCGUCGGUACCGGUACCGCGCUCGACGCGCAGACCAGAGGCUUGAACGUGUGUAUGGUUGAAAAGACUGAUUUUGCGUGUGGGACCUCCUCCAAGUCCACCAAGAUGGCCCACGGCGGUGUUAGAUACUUAGAAAAGGCCUUUUUCCAGUUAUCCAAGGCGCAGUUGGACUUGGUCAUUGAGGCGCUCAAUGAGCGUGCGCACAUGUUGAACACCGCACCACAUUUGUGCACUGUCUUGCCAAUCAUCAUCCCGGUCUACAAGUACUGGCAGGUGCCUUACUUCUGGGCAGGGUGCAAGAUGUACGACUUGUUCGCUGGUACCCAGAACUUGCGUAACUCGUUCCUCCUCUCCAAGAACGCAACCAUCGCCGCUGCUCCAAUGUUGGACGCCUCUACCCUCAAGGCUGGUCUUGUAUACCAUGAUGGAUCCUUCAACGACUCCCGCAUGAACUCCUCUUUGGCGAUCACCGCCACCGAGAAGGGUGCCACCGUGUUGAACUACGUUGAGGUGAAGCAGUUAUUGAAGGAAAACGGUAAGGUCGUGGGUGCCGUUGCCGUGGACCGUGAAACCGGCAAGGAGUACAAGAUCAAGGCCACCGCCGUGGUCAACGCUACCGGUCCGUUUGCUGACACCAUCCUCGAGAUGGAUAACGAUCCACAGGGCUUGCCGCCAGCCACCCCGCAAAAGCCCAUUAUGGUAGUGCCUUCUACCGGUGUUCACGUGAUCUUCCCAGACUACUACGUGCCGAAAGAGAUGGGUUUGUUGGACCCAGCUACCGCCGACGGCCGUGUGAUGUUCUUCCUUCCAUGGCAGGGUAAAUGUUUGGCCGGUACCACGGACAACCCAGAGUCUUCCGUGCCAGAAAACCCAAUUCCUACCGAGGCCGACAUUCAGGAUAUCUUGAACGAAAUGCAGCACUACGUCAAGUUCCCAGUCAGAAGAGAAGACGUCUUGUCUGCCUGGUCCGGUAUUCGUCCAUUGGUCCGCGACCCCUCAAAGGUCGAUCCAAACGCCCCAGAAGGCAACUCCACCCAGGGGAUUGUCAGAUCCCACUUGGUCUAUGAAACUCCGUCCGACUUGAUCACCAUCUCUGGUGGGAAGUGGACCACCUACAGAGAAAUGUCCGAAGACACUGUCAAUCACGUGGUCAAGAAGUUCAAGUUUGCCGACGUCAAGCCAUGCCAGACCAGAGACAUCAUUCUUGCCGGUGGUGAGAACUUUGAGUCCACCUUGUCUGCCCGUUUGUGCCAGGAAUACAACAUUCCGUCCGACUUGGCUUCUCAUUUGAGUGCCAACUACGGAACCAGAGCUCCGUUGGUCUGUGAAAUCUACCAGCAGUCUGAGAUGAACAAAUUGCCGGUUCCAUUGGCCCAGGGCGUCGCCAAGGGUGAGUCUGUCGAGUUGACCCACAACGCGUUUGCGUACCCAUUCACCGUUGCUGAGUUGAAGUACUGCAUUAGCAACGAGUAUGCCAGAAAGCCGAUCGACUUCUUGGCUAGAAGAACCAGAUUGGCCUUCUUGGAUGCCAGAGAAGCCCUCAAGGCCGUCGACGGGGUUGUCCAGAUCAUGGGUGACGAGUUUAAGUGGGACAACGCCACCAGAGAGAAGGAAGCCGCCUACACCAGAGAGUACAUUCAGAAUAUGGGCUUGAGAUUUGAUUAA